AUGAAGAAACUCCUACUGUGCAUCGCCCUCGUCGCUUUCGCUCAGGCGAAUCCCAUUUGGGAGAAUGAGGAUCUGAGUCCAGAGGUGCCGUCCAAUGACGAGGAUUGGGCGCUCAUUCCUGACGGCGAUGGCGCCAUGCAUAUGGUGAAUUUGAAUGAGGAAGAAGGCGCCACUCCCUUCUUCAACGCCAAUCAAGUGAUCUUCAGACUCUUCACGCGCCGAAAUCCCACAGCCGGCCAAGUUCUGACGCUCAACAAUGCUGGGUCUGUGUCCAAUUCCCAGUUCCGCACAGCACAUCCGACCAGAUUCAUCAUUCACGGAUGGAAUAACAACGGCGGUUCUGGAGUGAAUGUGAACAUCAGGGAUGCUUACUUGAGACGUGGCGAAUUCAACGUCAUCGUGGUGGAUUGGGGUGCGGGAGCGCAAACCAUUAAUUACGCCGCAGCCCGGAACAACAUUAACAUCGUUGGUCCGCGAGUGGCUCAAAUGGUGGACUUCCUCAACACUCAAGGCAUGGGAUUCGGGAGUGUGUCCGUGAUUGGUCACAGUCUUGGCGGACACACUGCUGGAAUUGCCGGAAAGCGCGUGACCCGCGGUCGCCUGGCCGCUGUUGUGGCUCUGGAUCCAGCCUUGCCUCUCUUCUCGAUCGAUCGUCCUGCGGAGCGCGUCGCUCCGGGCGACGCAAACUUCGUUGAGGUCAUGCACACCAAUGCUGGCCUCUUGGGCUUCGAUCUGCCCAUUGGCCUGGCUGACUACUAUCCCAACUGGGGACGCACUCAGCCCGGAUGUGGAACAGAUGUUACCGGCAAUUGUGCCCACGGCAGAGCCUGGCUCUUCUUCGGCGAGUCCAUCAACUCUGGACCUGGAUUUGUCAGUCGCCAGUGUCGCAAUUACAACGACAUCCUCAAUCAGAAUUGCGUGUCUUCCGGACCGAACAGACGCAUGAGUGGCGAGCCUCUGGCCACGGCGGCUAGAGGAGUUUUCUGGCUGCCCACAAACGGAAAUGCACCCUUCGCCAGAGGCAGCGUUGUGUGA